AUGGUUGUGACUGUCGGAGUUGAAUCCAUGUCCGGCCUAUCCAACGUUAAAGUUACUGCUAUAGUGUCGGAUAAAUUCGAUUCCACCGCUGUGAUUUCGGAGGCGUUACCGUCGGUGACGGUGUUGAACGGUGGGACGGUCAAUGGCGAUUCACGUGACGGUGGUGGAGAGUUCAGAAAUGGGGUUUUAGGUGAAUGUAGAGAGAAGAAGAGAGAGAUAGUGUUGGGAAAGAACGUGCACGCCAGGUGCCUUGAGGUCACGGAACCGGACGCCAAUGAUGAGUGGACCGGUGAUAAGGAGGCUUAUAUGGCCAGCGUGUUGGCUAGGUACCGGAAGACUCUCGUUGAGAGGACCAACCAUCAUCUAGGUUAUCCUUAUAAUCUGGACUUCGAUUAUGGUGAUCUAGCACAGUUGCAGCACUUUUCCAUCAACAACCUGGGUGAUCCUUUCAUCGAGAGCAACUAUGGUGUCCAUUCCAGGCAAUUUGAAGUUGGUGUUCUGGAUUGGUUUGCCCGUUUAUGGGAAAUCGAGAAGAAUGAAUACUGGGGAUAUAUUACAAAUUGUGGUACGGAAGGCAAUCUUCAUGGAAUUCUGGUUGGGAGAGAAGUGUUUCCGGAUGGAAUUUUGUAUGCAUCACGAGAAUCGCAUUAUUCUGUCUAUAAAGCAGCAAGAAUGUACAGAAUGGAAUGUGUCAAGGUUGGCACGCUAGUCACUGGAGAAAUAGAUUGUGCAGAUUUCAAAUCCAAGCUACUUCCUAACAAGGACAAACCGGCUAUCAUCAAUGUCAACAUAGGUAUAAUCUCUUUCUCUGUCUCUCUCUCACAAUCAGACCCUGUAACACUUGAAUUGAUUUCUGCUACCUUGUUUUGCAGGUACUACUGUAAAGGGGCUGUUGAUGAUCUUGAUCUUGUUAUACAGACCCUUGAAGAAUGUGGAUUCUCACCUGAUCGCUUUUACAUCCACUGUGAUGGAGCUUUAUUUGGGCUGAUGAUGCCAUUUGUAAAACGUGCACCCAAGGUUACGUUUAAAAAGCCCAUUGGAAGCGUGAGUGUUUCUGGUCACAAGUUAGUGGGAUGUCCAAUGCCUUGCGGUGUUCAGAUAACAAGGCUCGAGCACAUUAAUGCACUCUCUAGGAAUGUUGAAUAUCUUGCUUCAAGGGAUGCCACAAUCAUGGGAAGUCGGAAUGGGCAUGCUCCAAUUUUCCUGUGGUACACCCUAAACAGAAAAGGUUUCAAGGGGUUCCAAAAAGAAGUCCAAAAGUGCCUCAGAAAUGCUCAUUACUUGAAAGAUCGCCUUCGAGAGGCAGGAAUUAGUGCCAUGCUCAAUGAGCUGAGCAGCACAGUGGUGUUUGAGCGACCUUGGAAUGAAGAUUUUGUUCGCCAUUGGCAACUUGCUUGUGAGGGAAAUAUGGCUCAUGUUGUUGUGAUGCCCAAUGUCACUAUUGAGAAGCUGGAUUAUUUCUUGAAUGAAUUAGUUAAAAUGCGUUUGGUCUUGUAUCAGGAUGAGAAAGUGCAACCUCCUUGUCUUGCAGCAGAUAUAGGAAAUGAGAAUUGUGCUUGCCUUCUACACAAGCAAUCUAUUGGUGUAAAUUGACUAACUGAUAACCUUCGGGUUCUGCUGUUGUUUGUUGUGAAAGAUUAGAAUU